GCAGCAGACCGUAGGUCGGUAUCAGGGGGGAUCGUGACGUGUGGAGGAGGCGCUGUGUCUUGGUUUUCCAGAACGCAGAAGUGUGUCACGCUUUCGACCACAGAAGCAGAGUACGUCGCCCUAGGUGACGUAGUGAAGGAGUGUUUUUGAGGCAGAUUUGGCGUUUCAUGUUGCCGCAGGUCGGCAUGCCGUGCAUCUCCAUCUUCGAGGACAAUCAGGGGGCGAUUCAACUAGCGCAGAACCCCAUCUCAAACUCGAACUCGAAGCACAUAGAUGUAAGGCACCAUUUUCUCAGGGAACUGGUAGAGAGGAAGGAAAUUUCGGUCAUCCACGUGCCGUCGCCGUACCAGCGUGCAGAAUUUCUUACUACGAAGAGUUUGUCGAAGGAUGCUUUCGAAUCCCACCGUGAUUUUGUGAUGAAUUUGGCAUGAACAUUUUAUUGUUUUUUUGAUGGGUUUGUGUAUUGGUCUUGUUCUGUUUCCCGUUUUGUUUCAUUUCCCGCGCCAAGCAUUUGUUAAGCGCAAUGCAGCAUUCAUAUUUCAUUUAAUUGUUUUUCUCUCUUAUAUUUUUCUGGUCAAGUCUUCAUGGCAUAUAUUCUGGGAAAGACGUCUUUUGGUUGAAAUAUCGGGUGUUAGCGAAGUUUUCAGUGAGAAACUGUUGCGAGCAGGGGGGAUGUUAGAUAUACUCGCAGCAGUAUCUGGUCGUGGGGAUCCCAGGGGGACACGUGUUGGAAAUUUCGUGUGUUGAAGGGUACCACCGGCGCAGUCACGGGGACCCUUUGAGCGUGGUCGGUGCGAUGAUGAGGAAGGCUUACGUGCGUGCUGUGCACUUCCUCUUCUUCUUCUUCUUCUUCUUCCCUCUCUCUCUCCACCACCA